GACGGGGUAUACUUCAGCUAUAGUCUACAUAUAAACGUCUCAUUUCCUUCUGAAGGCUGAGUAGUCAGGACCUCGUUACAGCGGAAACCCCACAUUCCGGACGUUCAGUUAUAGGCACGCCACUUACAUUGAAGUAUAUUACGUUGAUUCGUUAAUCAUAGUUAAAUCAUUGUUACUUCAUCGGCUACACUAGGAACUAUUCGGAUAAGCGAGGAGUCCUUUAUCACUGUGAUAUACAGCCGAAAGGAGCGCAUGAUGGUGCUGCAAGCCGUGUGUAUUUUUCUGUGUGCCACGGUCGCCGCUGCAAAUGUUGGACCGGAUGACAGUGUUUGCAAAAUUACCGACUUCAUAAAACAGGCUGGAACACGACUCGGGCCCAAGAAGCCGGACCUGCCUCGCCAAUGGAGUGUAAGAAUCGAGGCCAACUUCCUGGACAGCAACUACAGCAUGGACAUGCAGGAGUACUACGACGAUGUUGGCAACCGGGGCGCCGUCAUACAGUGGGUGGAGGGCGUACAGACCAAGCUGAUCUUCCUGUAUGACACCAAUGAGUUGAUCGUCCUGCAGGACAACGGGGGAGACUCCCCACCACGCUGUCACGUCAACGACUUGGCCAAGAGCACCGACAACAGCAUAUUUGGGAUGACAAAGUACGCCAAUGGCACGGAGCAUAUAUUUUCCGCCAGUCGGGCUCUGCGAUUUGGUGAGGGUGUACCGGAAGUGCCGCUCGGGCAGAUUGUAAGCCAAGACGGGAUAACAGUAGAUUCGUGGAAAUCCUGUUCCUACAAGCCCGACACAGACACCACCCUGCUGAUUGUGUGGCAGUUCAGUGCCUCCACUGGCUGGAUAUCCGCAGACAACGUCGUCGUGCCCGUCAAGGCCAGUGUAAAGGGCGCCGUCCAUGUCAACUCCACUUACACAUCUCGCAUCAAUAGGGAGUUCAUCUUCUCCGACUUCCAAACCACACUCCCUGUCGACGUGUUCACGACGCCCUCAGGCACGUAUUGUUACGACAGAGCUACGACACGCAACCUCCCUGCGGUUCCAAGUUCAUUCUCAGUGGCGAGUGAAAUAGUCCUGCCUUCUCGCCAAGCCGUGCACUGGAGGCGGUUCUCCUACGACGGUGACCUGCAUCUGAUGAGGGUCGACUACACGCCUGACGUCACACACCCGUCACAGCACCCAUACAACCAGCUGAUAUAUAUCCGCGACUUUAAUACAGCAUGGACGUACACCGUCGACACGGAGCUUGGAAACUGUACGGUAACACAGGUCACCAACAAGUACAAUGGCAUUUCUGAUCAGCCAGAAGCAGACCUGUACCGACAAGAUGCCUUCACUUAUGUGGGGCAGAGGAUGUCACGUGGUAUCAGAUGCGACGUGUUCAAUGCCUUGCUGCCUAAUGAUGUUAAACCUAACUCCGUCACAGAACUAUACAUGGCUGCGCGUGGAUGGGAAGAGAACGCAGGUUUCAAUUCCAUUUCCGGUUUCCCAGUUAGAAAGGAGGUGACGUCACUUGAGACUCGAAACAAAACAAUCUACAAUUACUACGACUACAGUGAAGGCCGGCACGACAUAUGGAGGACAGACCUGAGUGCAUGUUUUGUACCGUCGCAGAGACACGACUUUGCAAUCUACUUCCCAGUCGACCACGCCGCUGCAGUGAUGGCGGAUCCUAAUGGGUUCAAACAGGCCUUGGUGAGGACGGUCUACCGACACGGCAACAUCUCCCCUAUGCAGAUCACUAAUAUUCAGGUAAACUCCUAUCCCACGCUCAGCCCUAUGGCAAUGUUUUCUCCAAAGGGGAAUACGUCCAAGAUUUGCAUCAAUAGUCGUAACCCAGUUUCAGGUAAUCUUUAAUUCUGAACACCAAUCUAGAAGAUAGGACAAAAGCCCAAAGUGGCUCACUCUGUAAACAUUGAUACGUUUGUUAAAACAACGAGCGCAUGUAUAGAGCCGACCACCCCGCGUUUUAUAAUCGAGGGGAAUUACUUACCCUAGCUAGGGGACGCAACUCUGCGCAUCGAACUUUGGUACCUGGACAAAAUAUUGUUAAAUAAUAUUGUGAUAAACAUACAAAACAAUUGUAGACAAAAGUACGAAAUCCGUGUAAUAAUGGAACGCACGCCCCGACCAAUCAGGGUACAGCAGGUUUUUAGUGGGCGUGGCCUAAUAUUUUGCUUCUAUUUAUGGAAACAAUAAUGCCAAAGAAAUUGCUUGGGCCGCCAAUGAAAUGUCA